AUGGAGUCCACCGUGGAGGAUGUCUUGGCGUGGAUUAAGCGUCAACAGGACGAUGGUCGAGGCCACGAUGCUUGCUACUUGGCGUUUGUUUGGGAGAUUGAGAAGCCGCAUGACGUAGGGGAUAAUCCUCGCUCGCCCUCGCGUCCGGAAACAUCGUUGUCUCAUCUUGGUAUCAUCUGCGGCCGUCUGGAACCGCAGCGAUACACCAGGUAUUUGGACAUCUUGAUGCCCCCUUCGAACAGCCCGUAUCUCAAUACGCUGGAGCUCGGCACCCGAAAUUGGGACCUGAAAAAGCGACAGGGAUCAGGCCACGGUGCAGGUUUCCCAAGCCCAUCUGCACCUUGA